AUGUCUCAUAAUCCCAGCUACGAAAAUGCCGGCUUUUUACAAAGAGUCUACUACGUUGUUUACGGUGUAUGGCAUGUCUUAGUUGAGCUUUGUCUGCCAGUUAUAAUUGCAUUUGCCAUUAUUGCCUUGGUGUUGUUUAUUCUCUUAACGGUCGUUAUGAUGAUCGGAAAUUUGUUAGGUUAUGUUGAUGUUGAUGUCGAUAAGAAGCAGAAGGAGGAGAAGGAGGAGGAGGAGAAAUCGAGUUUGACAAAGAAAACCCAGACGGAGUCGUCAGAGACUACUACUAUCGAUAUUUCGAACAAAAAGACACGGAUUGAAAUGGAGAUUAAACUUCUUGAAGAGCUGAUUCAAGCCAAGCAAGAGCAAUUGAAAGAUCUUUCUUAG